AUGUCCACUCUGGCAGGGGAUGUUCAAUUCGACUUCACGUUUCCGUGUAACCCAGCUACACCUCCCAGCUUCACCUUCGAACCUUCACUGUUGGAGAUCCCUUUCACCCACAACCAUGGCCACUCCGGCCACUCUCGAUCAGUCUCGAACGUCUCCAAUGGGUCUUCUGUCUACUCCUUCGAGUCGUCGCCCUCCGACUCGAUUGUGAGCACCAGCACACGCAGGACCACUCCGUCGCGGUCUCCCAUCCGCACACAUGGCCCCAUGCUGCUGCCCAAGAUCCGCUCCCAGGAUCAGAACAUUGUGCCGAACGCGGCCCCCCAGCCUCAGGCAAGGCCUUCCAAGCGCGCAAGGACGUCGCCGGCACCAGCUCCAGUGGCCAACAGGAGCGCCUACCGCCCAACACACCAGCGCAGCUACACAAACCCAGAGACCAUCAGCUACAACCCUACCCCGGUCGUAUCUGCCGCCUCGUUCCCUUCGACCCUCCCAGAGGAGUACAGCUCCUCAAGCCUGCUGUGCUCCCCGGUCAUGUUCACAGAUGCUGAGUUCACCUCAGCGACAACAGUGACAACACUGGACAACCGCGCCCAGCGCGCAUCGUCAUGCAACCUUGACGAGGUCACGAUAGAGAAGUAUGGGUUCCCGACGUACCGCCAGAUGCCCGCCUACGUCGCGGCCGCCGGACAGGCCACCACUCACUCGGGCAGCCCCACGCCAACACCUCAGGCCACCCCGGCCAUGCUGCCCGUUUCAACGCCUGCGGACCUGACAAACCUCCCGGCCCCAUCCUCAUACUUCCAGCCUUACCAGCAGCCCUACUCAUCGCGCGGCUCUUCUCCCAUGGCCCCGGCUGCCAGUCUCACACCUGAGCCUCAGCCCAUUGAGCCCGUCCAGGUCCUGCAGCCGUCAGCCAUGACAGCCGGCCCCACCACAAGCCUCCUCAACUACCUGACCACGUCCAACCCUACGCCCAGCCUGGUCCACUCCAUCGCCUUCCCCUUGAGGGAUCCCCAUAUCAAGCACUUCUGGUGGGACGUCAGGCAGAUCCGCCAAUGGACCUCCUUCAACACCUCCACCAUCAUGUCACUCGCCGGCGGCGCGGCAAGCAGCCUCCUCACCUGCCCGGUGCCGGAGAGCUUCCUGCCCAGCCCAAUGAGCUCGCAGCGCCACCCUGAGACGGAGACGGCGCUGCACUCGAUCUACGCCAACUGGUACCUGCCCAAGCUCAACGCUGCGCUUGCCCUGUCCUCCCACCGCCCGGUCCAGCUCAGCGUGCCGUCCAAGUCUGGACCCCACGCUACCAAGGACACGGAGCAGAUGUUCGUCGCGACCAUGGCCGGUGACGCCAGCUCUGCGGCUGCCAUCUUCGGCGGCAAGCCGUCGGCGCGCGUCGUCGGGCUGGUCAAGUCAUUCGACCGGUUCAACACGGGAAUGCGCGUUGAGGGCAACGUCAAGAAGGUCGAGUACCUCAAGGGCCUGGCGCACCUGCACCACGUUAUGCGCGAGCACGGUUGCCGGUAUGGCUUCAUCCUGACUGAGAUCGAGCUCGUUGUCGUGCGCAACGGCCUCGAGGGCACGCCGCACUUCGGCUUCGUCGAGGUCACGAGCUGCCAGCUCGGCACCGCGGCCAGCGACCCCAUCGACCUGACCAAGGACGAGGGUGACGACAGCAGCAGCAGUGUCCCCAUGACGGCCUGCCUCGCCCUCUGGGGCCUGUGCAUGCUCGCCAGCGACGAGCCCCUCCCUGAGGGCCACGCUCCGGCGCGCGCCGAGAUUGGCGCCCCCGCCGAGGGCACUCGCAGGAAGGCUCUUCCCCGCGAUACAUGGAUGCCGCAGCCCCAGCUGGCAGAGAAGAGGGAGGCCAAGCGCAGCCGCGGCUGGGUCUUCCCCGAGGACGCCGUCGGGCGCAAGGAGCUCGGCAAGAGGGGUGUCCGCUACGGCGGCGCCUGCUGA